CAGCUGACUGGCCAAUCUCGGGCUUGGAGGCGGGGGAUGGACGUGUGCAAGAUGAUACAUAUGUGCGCGAGCCCGUGCGAGGAGAAGGCUUAGUCAGCGGAGGCAGUCAAGCAGCGAGAAGAUGGUUUCAAUUAAAGCGCCGCGGCUGGUGCCGGCGUCGUCCGCGCAGGCUCUGCUCGCCCUGGGCAGUCUGACCGUCGUGCUGCUCGCUGUCCUGCUGCUCCGCCAGCUCGUCAAGCAGAGGAGGCCCCCGGGGUUCCCUCCGGGCCCGUCUCCCAUCCCCGUGAUAGGCAACAUCUUCUCACUGGCCACGGAGCCGCACGUCUUCCUCAAGAAGCAGAGUGAAGUUCACGGACAGAUUUUCAGCCUGGACCUGGGUGGCAUCCUGACUGUUGUGUUGAACGGAUACGACUGUGUCAAGGAGUGUCUCUACAACCAGGGCGACGUGUUCGCUGAUCGACCGUCGCUGCCUUUGUUCGAGAAAAUGACCAAGAUGGGCGGGCUUCUUAACUGUAAAUACGGCAAAGGUUGGGUGGAACACCGUAAACUGGCCUCCAACUCCUUCCGCUACUUCGGCAGCGGCCAGAGGCUGUUCGAGAGGAAGAUCUCAGAGGAGAGCAUGUUCUUCGUGGACGCCAUUGAUGAGCACAAGGGGAAACCCUUCAACCCCAAACACCUGGUGACCAACGCCGUGUCCAACAUCACCAACCUGAUCAUAUUCGGGCGGCGCUUCACCUACGACGACCACAACUUCCGGCACAUGAUGGAGAUCUUCAGCGAGAACGUGGAGCUGGCGGCGAGCGGCUGGGCCUUCCUCUACAACGCCUUCCCCUGGCUGGAGUACGUGCCCUUUGGGAAGCACCAGAAGCUUUUCCACAACGCGGCCGAGGUCUACGACUUCCUGCUGCAGGUCAUAAACACUUUUUCACAGGGCCGGGUGGCCCACGUGCCUCGCCACUACGUCGACGCCUACUUGGAUGAGCUGGAGCAGAGUGCGGACGACCCCACGUCCACCUUCUCCCACGAGAACCUCAUUUAUUCGGUGGGCGAGCUCAUCAUUGCUGGCACAGAGACAACCACCAACACCCUGCGCUGGGCCAUGCUGUACAUGGCUCUGUACCCCAACGUCCAAGAGCGGGUGCACAGGGAGAUCGACGGCGUGCUGACCAACGGGAGGCCGCCCACUCUGGAGGACAAACACAGGAUGCCGUACGUGGAAGCGGUCCUUUACGAGGUCCUUCGCUUUUGCAACAUUGUGCCGCUGGGGAUUUUCCGCGCCACCUCCCAGGAUGCCACCGUCAAUGGCUACACCAUCCCCAAAGGCACCAUGGUGAUCACGAACCUCUACUCGGUGCACUUCGAUGAGAAGUACUGGAACGACCCCGGCGUUUUCUCACCCCAGAGGUUUCUGGACAGCAAUGGCAAUUUUGUGAGGCGCGAGGCCUUCCUUCCCUUUUCCUUGGGCAGGCGGCAGUGCUUGGGUGAACAGCUGGCUCGAAUGGAAAUGUUCCUCUUCUUCACCACGCUGCUGCAGAGGUUCCACCUGCAGUUCCCCCCAGGAGCGGUUCCCACCGUCGCUCCCAAACUGGGCAUGACGCUGCAGCCCAAGCCCUACUCCAUCUGCGCCGUCCGCAGGCAGCAAAAGGUUCACUGUCCUGGAGACACUCCGCAUUGCCAGUAGGUCAUCUGCAGCUCGUUCAGCUGCGGCAGCCGUGAUUUCAGCUAUUUGCACAGAGCUGCGAGCGCACGGCACAGGUGCAUAGAACUGUGUGGGUCUGGACCGUCGUCUGAAGCUCUGCUCUCUCACAGUGUGUCCAAAGGACUGAGUCACUGCGGUGGCUUUACAUGCGGUCAGAGCAUGUAAUGCUUCUUUUGUUUUUCCAGUAGCUGACAAAAUAUCUUACUGAGCAGUUUGCAUGUUUGCACACUUUUAGGACUUGGUGCCGAGUUCUCUGCAACUCAGAGUUCUUCUGAGCCCCAAAACUGAAAUGUCUAUGAACGCUGGAGCAGCAGCAUGAGUGUCAAUGAUUGACAGUAAGUUCACCUACGAUAGCCUUUGCUGGACGGCUCCAGGUCAGACGAAUGACACUAGUGAUUAGAACGUGGAACAAAAAGGGACUAACAGACUUUCCAAGAAAGCUCUGGACUCUGCGUUUUGGUGCUGAUCGCGGGCCAAACUUCAUGUCAUGUGGACUGACUCUGACCUCUCCUCCGAGCGCUCCAUGAACAGUCGUUCUCUUGAAGGGCAAACGCUGCCUGGUGGAUUUCUGAAAACUAUGCAACACUGGUUUCUGCUAAAAGGUGCUUAUCAGUACAAACAAGGUACUGAGUGUUUGUGUGUGGGGAUAGUGUUUGUUCUUUUUGUAAUACUGGUGUGUGGUUAUGUUUCCUUUUUCGUAUUCAUAAAGUUUUUCAUAAGAUA